UCAGUAGUGUUCACUAUCGCUACUGCAGGCAGAUCGAAUCGCUCAAGCUCAGCAGCCACAUAAACAAUGUUUACAAACUACACCAGCGCUGUAUAAUUGAUAUAAAGAUGUCCCAGACUUCACACAGAAUUUGAUAAGCUCAGCCAUGGACAUGUUUAAUAAAGUGACGGCUUUUCUGCAGCAGGCCUUGGAAACAAGCGAGCCUUCGAUAAACCUGCUGGACUCUUUUGUGGAUCACUGGAAAGCAAUAACCAACUAUUACAUAGAAACAACAGAUGAGUCUCGUCCGGUGAAGCAGACAGACAUCCCAUGGCGGCUCAGACAGAUGCUGGACAUCCUGGUGUAUGAGGAGACACAGCAAGGAGAGGAAACGGGUCCCUGCAUGGAGUACCUGCUCCAGCACAAAUUAUUAGAGACACUUUGCACGCUGGGAAAAGCACAGUAUCCUCCUGGCAUGAGUCAACAAGUGAUGUUGUUCUUCUCUAAAGUCCUGAGCCAGAUUCAGAAACCUGUGCUGCAUUUAAUCAAUGUCUAUCGGCCCGUACAGAAACUGAUCCAUUUAUGUGGACUCCCUGAUACAAAGACUGAAACAGAGGAGUCUCAGUUUUUAUUUGCUGUUUGCACUCGCGUCAAAAAAGACCCUUAUGUCCUCAACUAUAUCCUUGAGAUUACCAAAGACUCUCAGAAGAGGUGCAGCUCUACCUCAGACGAGGCUUUGGAGGAGGGCUGCAGUGCAGCCGCCAGUCCUGAGAGGGCUCCCUCUCCACCUCCUCCCUCUUCCAACGCUACCUCCUCCUGUUCGGCCCGCAGUGGAGCUCAUCCCUCCAGCUCACCUCAGACAGCCACAGGCAUUAUCCCUGUACUCAUGCACCUGGGGAAAAGUCAGAAAAGUCGUGUUAUGCUCAGAUCCAUGGAGAGUUUGCUGCUGCUGGUCAGUUUACCACAGGAGGACACUGGACAUCUGCUGGCUGAGGGAACACCACUGUGUCAUCUACUCGCUCAGAGACUGACUGAACUUUACUGCCUCAUACCCUCAUCACUCGACCCUGCAGACAUUCACAGCUACUCCGGCGCACAGUGGAGGGAUCAUUUCACACAGGACAGUACAGAGGAGAGCCAGUCGUUUCCUAGCAGUGAGAACGUCCAGAGGUUCUUCUGUUUUUUGGACUACUGCAAUGAGCUCACCAAGGAAGCACCAAGGGUACUUGGUGUUAAAUUGGCCAGAGCAAUUCACCUUCAGUGGCUUAAAGGAGUCAUUCAGCCUCAUCUGCUUCAGAUGUCAGAGGCUGGGAUCCUGGUACACACUGCUCUGCUGUCCUGUUCUGUACGUCACAUACAUUCUCCUGCGCUCCUGGAGGAACUGGUUCAGUUUCUGCUUGGCAACGACACACAUUGCGAAAAGCAACAGGACACACACACACACAUUCUACGUUACCGCCUUAUUGAAAACUGCAACCACAUCUCAGACGAGAUCAGCAUCACAACCUUGCGUCUCUUUGAGGAGCUUCUACAGAAGCCCAGCAAGAGCAUCUUGACCAAUCUGGUGCUGCGUAAUCUUGAGAAGCACAGCUACAGGCUGCCCGGUUCAGGGGUCAUGGACGAGAGACAUGGAGUUGAGAGUGAUGUUCUGGAAGAGUCUGAGGAGCUGGAAGAGGAUCCCUUCUUCACAGACAUGUAUGAAGACAGUGGGUUCGGCAGCCAGGAGCCUCUUCUGUCUCUGCCCAGUGUCAGAGAGAGACAUAAUCCCAGUGCGCACACACAAGUUGCAGACAUCGUCAACAGCUUCUUGUGUUUAGUGCCCCAAGAGGCAAAAACAUCGCAUCUGGUGCAGGGAGCAGGAUAUGACACAUACAUUCAUGAUGCACAUAAACUGGUGAGUUGACACUGAAAACAAAAUAAAAGCCAAUGUUUUGUGUUACUGGGCCAUUUUACUUCAUGCAAUCAGUCAAGCCAAAUGUACAGCAACUAUCAACUUUGUGCAAAAACUCACUGUUUUUUUUUUUUUUUCUUCUUACAAAUCCUGUUCGACAGGAUUGCACGCAUACUAGAGCAGCCGUAUGAGCUGAAUCUGCAGGUGACGUCAGUUCUGUCCAGACUGGCUGUGUUUCCUCACCCUCACCUGCACGAAUACCUGCUGGACCCAUACAUCAGCCUGAGCCCUGGGGCGCGAUCCCUUUUCUCCACUCUAGUCAGGGUGAUCGGGGAGUUAAUGCAAAGGAUCCAACACAUCCACAAUGUGACAGACAAACUGAUGAUGAUCAGGAGACAGCUGAUGGGACUGGAGGAGGAGACAAUGGUGGAUCAUGUGACCCUGCUGAAGGGUGUGAUAGUUCUGGAGGAGUUCUGCAAGGAACUGGCUGCCAUAGCAUUUGUCAAACUACCCAUAGAAGAGCAGUGAACCCAUGAUGCUAAAACCAAAGACAAUACAAAGGAUCAGCACCCAACAUCUGUUGAAUGGCUCCAUCACUGGGAGAAAAUGGAUUUGCACAGGACUGAGUUAAGUGGCAAUAUUUAUAGAUAUACAGGUCACUUUUGUUGAAUGUUGUCAGGGAGGAGUCAACCUGUCUGAUGGCAGGUUUGCCCAAGAAAAAAAAUAUUUAAAAAAAUUCAGACUGGUGCAACAGGAUUUCACAAUGACUGUGUGAUGUACGAAGUCGUUUAUUCUCCACAGCUGCAUAUCUCGCUAAAUGAUUACAUUUCACUUUAGAUGUAAGCAAUAGAAAAAAAUAUUUGUCUCUUGCACAAUAUUUACGUUUUUUUUACUAUAUACUAUAUUUUAUAGAGGUAUUAGGCCCAGUCAGUCAGUUCUUUCUGUCAGCAUGUUUUUUCAUUCAGAAAUGCAAAUCAAAACCUGAUCUCAGAUCAGAAUUCAUACACUAUGUAUGAUUUUAAGCCAUUGCACAUCCCCUCUUCAACUUUUCUUUUUGAAAUAUUAACUGGACUUGUUUAAGUACAGCAUUAUGGUGUGUAAAGUAAUUUUAUUUAUCUUUAAUCUACUUUUGUAAAGCCUGUGAAUAAUCAAGUGUUGUUUUAUUUUUCUGUAUGUUAUAUGGCUGAAUCAAAGGGCCAGAUAGGUACACAGAUUUGUGUGGUUGUGAUUUGCCAUUGGCCGGUACUCACAACAGAUCUUAAUUUUUUAUAGAGGUCUGACAACUGUACGCAAUACAUGCUUAUUUCUGUUAACACAGCAAUAAACUCCUAAAAUAUU